GGCCGGCGACGCGGCUGCAGCAGAGAGUGCCACGCCGGCGGGCCCACCAACCCAAGCUUCUGCACAGCCCCGAGGACAGCCUGUACUACAACCAGCUCAACAGGGUGCUGGAACACCAGGGGAGCAAGAGGAAACCCAGGAAACUCGGUCAGAUCAAAGUCCUGGACGGGGAGGACGAGUACUACAAGCUCCUGGCCAGCGUGGACUCCAUCCAAGGGGAGGGGCUCUACGGGCCCGGGAACCCCCACACCCUGUUCUGAGCCCCCCUGGGGGGGCAGCAGCCCAGCCUUACUCUCCCUGAGAACCGAUGGCCUUCCUCCACACUUCACCGGACCUAAAGAUUGCAUAAUCACGCGAUUUGUGAUUUUGUAAAUUAUAUUUAUUUUAUAGAAAUCGCUUUUUUUUUAUAAUUUCUUUCGUCAAUGGUUGUUGUUCUUUGGGUUACGUUUUGUUUUUGGUUCAUCGCUUGAUAUUUUAUAAAAAGAUUAAGAAAAAACCUUCCUGUUGCUGCUUCUACUUCCAGUAGUUCUUCGAGAUUCAAGGGAAAAUCGUAAUAAACCCAUCAAAACCUUUAACAUAACGUCUUACAACUUAAAGGUUGCGGUGUACCCAAUGUAAAUAUUUAUAGUAAAGUUCAGAGAUCUGCGACCGUCAAAGACUUUCUGUUGCACAUGUGUGUUAAUACAUAAGGAAACAUGUAUGUUAAUAUUGUGAAGAUAUGGAAACGUACGCACACAUGUUUCCAUAUACAGUAAUAUAUCCCCAGACUUUCUAUCAGUCAUACGUUAUCCAUGAACAUCACAAGACCCAACGAUAUCUCCCCAUGAAAUUGUGUGUCCUUAUCUUUAAAGAUGAUUGGGAUGAUCUUUGGAUCACAUGUAUUUAUUCACUGGCCGGGUGUUCGCUGCUAGCUUUGACUUUUUGAAGUUUUAACCAAGAACUCACACAGCAGCGACAAACUUUGCUGUCUGACCUCCUUCAGCUUUUGCCGCCUCUUUGGGAUAAUCUCGGUCAGAAAAGAGACUCUCAAACCAAGUUACAAUUGAUUUUGUCGUGUACGGUAUUUAUGGGUCCUCCUGGAUGUGUCAAAAUAAGUGUAUCCCUGAAGAAAUGCUGUGUAUAACAUUAGCGCCAUUGUAACGGUUGUUUCAUGGGUAUAAAUCUCAAUCUGUAAUUCAAUCCCAUGAGCUUGGGCAGGGAGCACACACGCAGGGGGAGGAUGAGAAACCAUCGACAGACGUAGAAAUGUUUGUUGUAAAAGAAUAAGAUCAAACAAAAGACCUGUAAAGUCUCUGACAAUGUGCUUUAUAUAACAUUAAGGUUUGCAUCCCAAUGAGCAUGUGUCCUGUUUGGUUGGAGAGUUAUGGCGCGGCCAUGUUUUUACGGGCCUUCAGGGCCGCCCGUGUCAUCUGUUGAUAAAUAAGUGUGAUUUGAUUUGUUUUCUCACUGAGAGUCAAGGACUUCAGUUUUUUGUUUGCCUUUGAAACUGAAACUUUUUGCCUGUUCACCGUUUGUAUCGCGAUGUCAAUGUGUAUGUUGUUACGAAUCACCUUUUAAUUACUUGUUUUUAUUAAAGAGAGAUGAACAAAUUGAAUCCAAAACACAAUGUUUUAAAGGGUUUGUGUUGUAGUAAACUUCCACAAAACAACAAAACAGAUCAGAAGAUGAUAUCUAUGUUUAAGUAAAACACUGAAGCGCACAGUAAUUGUAAUAAAUACACCAUUAAUAGCACUGCCCACUUGUGUUGUCAUG